AACAUCACAUGUACAGAUCAUCUAGUGACCUGACUUGUAUUUAGUUGUUUUUAAGUUAUAUACCCCGCAUUUGAAUAAUCAGAUCAAUAUGUCGACUGCACGCACGGUUAUAUGUCUGCUGAGAAAUGACCUGCGCCUCCACGACAACGAGGUGUUCCACUGGGCUCAGAGGAAUGCAGAAUAUAUCGUCCCACUCUACUGUUUUGAUCCCAGACAUUACUUGGGAACAACCAACUACAAUCUGCCGAAGACCGGCCCCUUCCGCCUGCAGUUCCUUCUGGAAAGCGUGAAGGACCUCAGGGACAUGCUGCUCACAAAGGGCAGCACUCUUCUGGUCAGACGGGGUAAGCCGGAGGACGUGGUCGGCGACCUCAUCAAACGACUCGGCUCCGUCAGUGCCGUGGCCUUCCAUGAAGAGGUGGCGUCGGAGGAGCGGGCAGUGGAGGCAGGGCUGAAAAACGUCUGCGCCGAGAUGAAGGUGAAAGUUCACACCUGCUGGGGCUCCACACUGUACCACAGGGACGAUCUGCCCUUCCAGCACACAUCCAGGCUGCCUGACGUGUACACCCAGUUCAGGAAGGCGGUGGAGACCCAGGGCAGGGUGAGGCCUCUGUUCCCCAGCCCAGACCGACUCGGCCGGCUUCCCCCGGGCCUGGAGGAAGGGCCCAUCCCUACCAUGGAGGACCUGGAGCAGACAGAGCCCGCGAUUGAUCCCCGCUCUGCCUUCCCCUGCAGCGGUGGGGAGAGCCAGGCUCUGGCCAGACUCAAACACUAUUUCUGGGACACGGAUGCUGUCGCUGCUUAUAAGGAGACCCGUAAUGGCCUGAUUGGUGCAGACUAUUCAACAAAAUUUGCACCCUGGCUGGCAUUGGGUUGCAUUUCCCCCAGGUUUAUCUACCACCAGAUCAGGAAGUACGAGAGCGAGCGGACAGCCAAUCAGAGCACAUACUGGGUCAUUUUUGAACUACUCUGGAGAGAUUAUUUCAAGUUUGUGGGUGCCAAGUAUGGAGACAGACUGUUCCACAUCAGAGGGCUUCAAGACAAAUCUGUUCCGUGGAAAAAGGACCGGAAGCUCUUCGACGCAUGGAAAGAGGGACGCACAGGGGUGCCCUUCGUAGACGCCAACAUGAGAGAGUUGGCCAUGACGGGCUUCAUGUCCAACAGGGGGCGCCAAAAUGUAGCCAGUUUCCUCACCAAAGACCUGGGCCUGGAUUGGAGGAUGGGAGCUGAGUGGUUUGAAUACCUGUUGGUCGACUACGACGUCUGCAGCAACUACGGCAACUGGCUGUACAGUGCCGGUAUAGGAAACGACCCCAGAGAAGACAGGAAAUUUAACAUGAUCAAACAAGGGCUGGACUAUGACAGCAAUGGGGACUACGUGAGGCGGUGGGUUCCAGAGCUGCAGGGUCUCAGGGGGGGGGACAUCCACACACCCUGGGCCCUCAGCAGCGCCAGCCUGUCGUGCGCUCGGGUGUCCCUCGACGACACCUACCCCUCCCCCAUUGUCGUGGCGCCCGAAUGGAGUAGACACUAUAACAAGAAGCCGAGUGUCCCGGGGCCCUCGGCCAGAGGGAAGAAAGGUCCAUCCCGCACCCCCAGACAGCACCGGGACAGAGGCAUCGAUUUUUAUUUCUCGAAAAGCAAAAACUUCUGACCCGCCACACACCGAGGUCCAAAACUGCGAGCGGACACAAAGGCCGCCAAAGCGGCGGUGAUGCCAGACUGUGAUGGACCAGCACAUCUGCUGCGUCACACACGCCGUUCAGACUGGAAGCUGUUGUGCGGUGACGCCACUCAGGAAGUGCAAGUUCUCUUUCAUGCCCGAAUACUUGAAUCUUACUGACCUACAUAUACUGCGUUGGUUUUCUAGAGGACGCUUUCUCCCCACCACCAUGUUCUUGUGAAGUUGUAAAUCACGCAGUGCUUCUUGCCCUUCAACAGAAGGGGGACGCUGCCUUUUUUGCGUCGUUCGCUUUUUGGCAGUUUAAGUUGUUGCGGAUUCUUGUUUUUCCAUCGCAUGCUGGUUGAGUUUUUGUUUUCAUAUCUUUAUGCUGUUUUACGCUGCAGAUCCCAUAUAUCUCUUCUUAUGAGCAGUUGGGGGGGGGCACUCGAAAUGUGAACUGUGCUAUGAGGGACUCCAGUAUGGUAACAUGUUAUUACAUAGAAAAAGGAAUGUGAUAUUUGCAAAUAAAUAAAUAAACAUACUAACCCGGAGUUGUGCAUAAAAAACGAGGAUGUUAAGGUGUGGCGUUAAAAAU